AUGGCCGGGCGCGCUCCCCGCUGGGCCGCGCUGCUGCUGCAGCUGCUCCUGCCGCUGGGCUGCCUGGGCGGCCUCCACUUCAGCCCGGGCCAGAGCUGCUACAAGCCGCUGCCGCGCCGGAGCCCCGCGGCCAGAACUUACCCACGUCCUCACGAGUACCUAGACAUCUCUAAGCUGCCAAAGAGCUGGGAUUGGCGCAACAUAGACGGGGUCAAUUACGCGAGCACCACUCGGAACCAGCACAUCCCUCAGUACUGCGGGUCCUGUUGGGCUCAUGGCAGCACCAGCGCCCUCGCAGAUCGCAUCAACAUCAAGAAGAAAGGCAUCUGGCCCUCGGCUUACCUUUCGGUUCAGAACGUGAUUGACUGCGCCAAUGCCGGGUCUUGUGAAGGAGGGGACGACUACGGCGUGUGGCAGUACGCCCACGAACAUGGCAUCCCGGACGAGACUUGUAACAACUACCAAGCCAAAGAUCAAGAUUGUCAGAUAUUCAAUCAGUGUGGGACGUGUGUUACUUUCGGAGAGUGUCACGUGAUCAAGAACUACACCCUCUGGAAAGUCGCUGAUUAUGGCUCCGUCAGUGGGCGAGAAAAAAUGAUGGCGGAAAUCUAUGCCAAUGGUCCCAUUAGUUGUGGGAUCAUGGCUACUUCGAAGCUGGAUGCAUACACUGGAGGACUUUAUAAAGAAUACAACCCAUCUGCGACAAUAAACCACAUUGUCUCCGUUGCUGGUUGGGGUAUCGAAGAUGGAGCGGAGUACUGGAUUGUCCGCAACUCUUGGGGAGAACCCUGGGGCGAAAGGGGCUGGCUUAGAAUUGUAACAAGCGCAUGGAAAGGAGCUGAAUACAACCUUGGUAUUGAAGAGGGCUGUACUUAUGGAGAUGCGAUACUUCCUUGAAUCUGCUCUG